AUGGUGACGGUGAUUGUAAUGGUCUACACAGUAGGAGAUAUUGAAUCGCCUCGAACAAGACGAACUGUAUACUCUCUUAUACUCUUUGGGAGAAAUAUUUCACCACUUGUAGAGAUGAAGCAAGAAAAAUCCCACCUCAUCACUUGUUACCCGGUAACGACGUUACCAAGUAGUUAUCUCGUCAAGCCAUGCAACUACACAUCUGGACUCCAUGACUUCAUUUUCUACGGACCCAUAGAUAGACUCGUAGGCCGACAGACCGACAUACCCGUUCAUCUAGGGCCCUCUUCAGAAAUGCUAUCAGCCACACUCAAACUCAAACUCACACUCGCAGCCGCACGAAAGCGAAGCUCGAGUAAGCCCACUGACAUUGAGAAGCUCGAAAUAGAAGAAAGGAAUAAGACCCAGCGCAAUCCCACCUUCCGUCUAACGCAAGUGAAGAAAAGAAAAGAACUGAGACGCAAAGAAAAUGCAGUAAUGGGUGCAUACAAACUCCUGUCAGGAGCAUGCACAGUUAUGGUCUGCCUGACUUCCUUCCCUCCACAUUCAUGCAAAGUCGGAGCCAAAGCCAACCGAAGCCAGCCAAACCGUGACACUGUGAAUCUCGCUCGAUCUAUCAUUGCCUCGACAUGUCCACCCCAUCCGACCGUCAUGCAGGUCAUCCAUGUAUUCCAUUUUCCUCCGCUUCAUUCAUAG